AAAAGUAAAGUAACUUAGAACAUAUUUUACCCUAUAUUUAAAUAUAACAUCAUCCCAAUAUUCCCAGACAUCCAACCAAUAACUGCGAACUAGCAGAACACAGAACUGAAGAGAGAUGGGGAUUUCGCAAUCGGCGUCGAAGCGAGUGACCUCCGCAUUAGUCAACUCGUCCCAAUUCAACUCAGCCUGCGACUCAGUCUACAGUCAAUGCCUCUCCCUUACCCAAGAAGCCUACCCCGGAGUCUUCCCUUAUCAGCUCUUGAACGCCGCCGCUAACCUCCAUCAACACCUCACUUCCCUCCGCCCUCACUCUCUCAUUCUCCGUUGGGUCCCUCAUCCUCCCGCUCGCUCCCAAGUCGAUUCUGCGUUCCGGUUCGUAACUCGCCACCAGGAUAAUCCCCGGAGCGAUGAAGAAGCACUUCUCCUGGAUUCCUCCGACUUCAGGGAAUGGGCAGUGGUUUUAUUCAGUGAUGCCGUCGUGGGAAACGCUGGAAAGGCAGUUUUGCAGCGAGUGCCGGUUGGGGUUUUGGGUAUUGCGGGGAUUGGCGCGGCGGCGAGGACGGGGAAAGAGGUUGUUGGGGCAGCGAUUGGAGUGUACGCGCUUGGUGUGGCUACUUCAAUUUACCUUAGCUUGUCUGCUUAAAUGAGGUCGAAUUGUCGAGGAUCAAAGGUGAAAACGGGCGACGAAUAGCGAGAUUGAUUUGUGCAAGCAUAAUUUGAUUUCCUUAAGACAUAAAUUUCAAGUAACUAGCAUAUAAAAGUAUAAGUUUAUACAUUAUAAAUAAUAGAAUGAAAUUGACAUUCUCUUGUUGAAAUUGUUCAAAUUAUUCAUGGAAAGAGGUUGAAAGGUAAUGGUUAAAGUUAUAAUAUUCUAAUAGGUUAUAUGCA